ACUCAAGCUGGGAAGAAGAAGCAUCGGAAGCUGAGACGUCCGGCGACGUCAAGACCUCUAGGUGCACUCCCAUUCAUCGGGCCUCCAGGCACAUUCCGUCGACGGAUCUCGUCGCUCCGUAGCCUUGGAGUUACAGCUGUGGAGCUUGGACCAAGAUGAGGACGACCGAGCCUCUGUUCCUUCGUCGUCGGCCAGUUUCCGGCAACCGCGGCCCCUUGCAAAUCAGGCCGGCGGUGGCCUCGGUGGUCUCGCGAGAAGGAAGGCCUCAAUCGGAGUAAGCUCUGGUAACAGUCCCCGUGGCGACAACGAGGUGGAUGAGGCCGGCCGCAUCUCCGUUCCUCCGCCACGGACCAUCCCACCAUCCGUGUCUGCGGCGAGGUGGAUGGGUGAAGGUGCUCGUACCGGCUCCAAGUCUCACUCCCCCAAGCGCGUCGCCUCGUCCAUGGGCAGAAGCAGCAGUGGGCUGCUGUGGGCAAUCUCGUGAGCGGCAGUCUGCAAUCAGCAGCGUCGUCCGCAAGAAAGCUGUCAGGCAACAGCUCGUGGACUCAGCAUCAUGCCCGGACACAGAUGUUCCUACAAAUUUGCAAGGACUUCAUUCUACAUGUAGGCUGAUCGCAUGCCUGAUGAAGGAAGGCAAAAGGAGUGGUAGGAUUGGAUCGGUUCAGAAAAAUUGAAAAUCUCGACUUUGAUUCAUCAUGAAGAGUAUGGCCAGAUCUCUUACUGUCCGGUCGUGAGAUUCAUGGACAUCAUGCCCAUGAUUACUUGAAGUAUCCAUCGGCGACUGUUGCUGAUUGCUGGGGAGGUCAAUAGGAGUCUGUACAAAGUAAACUGUCAGUGUUAUUUGGAAUUUGCCUGUGUUGAUUGAUGCGUAUCAGUCUCAUGGUUCUCUUUGAUUAGAGGGGAUCGGAUUUUGGCGCGCACCUGUAUGUGUUCCCGCGCGAUGUGAUUAUUUAUUACCUAUUUGAUGUUUAAUUUUAAUGCU